ACAGCUUUCUCAAAGUUUCCACCACGACGCAAGUCAUCGUCGAUCAGAGCCAGAACGGCGAACUGCUUCGGAUAAACUUCAAUUUCAGGGCUCAAAUUUGAAGGGUAUUUCACCCUGAUUGCCCUUGCCAGCGGCCGCUUUUUCAGGAUCACCCUGAUUUUCAAAGGGUAUUUUUUUUGUGACACUUUCUCUAAACGUGAUUCAAGUACAACAAUGCAUAGUAGUAGUAGUAGUAGUAGUAGUAGUAGUAGUAGUAGUAGUAGUAGUAGUAGUAGUAGUAGUAGUAGUAGUAGUAGUAGUAGUAGUAGUAGUAGUAGUAGUAGUAGUAGUAGUAGUAGUAGUAGUAGUAGUAGUAGUAGUAGUAGUAGUAGUAGUAGUAGUAGUAGUAGUAGUAGUAGUAGUAGUAGUAGUAGUAGUAGUAGUAGUAGUAGUAGUAGUAGUAGUAGUAGUAGUAGUAGUAGUAGUAGUAGUAGUAGUAGUAGUAGUAGUAGUAGUAGUAGUAGUAGUAGUAGUAGUAGUAGUAGUAGUAGUAGUAGUAGUAGUAGUAGUAGUAGUAGUAGUAGUAGUAGUAGUAGUAGUAGUAGUAGUAGUAGUAUAGUAGUAGUAGUAGUAGUAGUAGUAGUAGUAGUAGUAGUAGUAGUAGUAGUAGUAGUAGUAGGUUAUCUAGCUAUGCAUUGAUAAUAUGCCUGUUCCUCCACUCGCGGCGCUGCGCCAAGCAGGAUGGAGCAGGUUGUGGAACAGUAAUUUCGCAGACCACAUGUCUCGCCCGCACCUGCUGCUAUGAGGUCACUCGCAGGUUUGGCUCAGGAGCUAGAGCGAUCAAGUAUUCACGAAACUCACUCUCCCGCUUCAACCAUCUUGGAAGUCCCAGCAGCAAAUCUCCGUAGCCAUCCGCCAGAGGAAGUAGUUCCCUCCCAUUCUUCCAGGACCACUAAGCCUGGAGCCAUUUCACCAAAUUCUGCAAGCAGUCAGCACCGCAGCAGCCAGGAUCUGAAGCUAAGAGCGGCUUUAGUUGUUAUCUGGGAGGCUCUAGCCUCGACGUUUCAGCUAGUCACCAUGAAGACUCAAGUGUUGAUCACCCUACUGCUGUGCCUCGCGCUGGCUCACGUCGCGCAAGCAUCAAGCAGCAAUUUCGAGAAAUACGCCGUGCGCAACUCCGUCCGCAGCGGCAGCGCGCACCGGCUCAGGUGGCGCAAGCUGACUGAGCUCCCCACCUGCGUCAACCAAACACUCUGCGGAUCGCUGUGCGUGGACGUCUUGACCGACAUCAACAACUGCGGCGUCUGCUCCAACUUCUGCGACCUCACCCAAACCUGCUGCAACGGCACCUGCAUCAACCCCAACACCAACAACGAUCACUGCGGCGCCUGCGGCGCGCGUUGCCCAGGCACCUGCGCCGCGGGUGUGUGCAACUACGGCGGGGUGACAAACUCACCUGGCCCGCUUUCCACUGGCGGCCCCGCUACUGGCGGCCCCGCUACUGGCGGCCCCGCUACUGGCGGCCCCGCUACUGGUGGCCCUGCUACUGGUGGCCCCGCUACUGGUGGCCCCGCUACUGGUGGUCCCGCUACUGGUGGUCCCGCUACUGGUGGUCCCGCUACUGGUGGUCCCCCUGUUGUCCCGGGCACUGGCGGCGGCAAGAAGUAACUUUGGAGUAACUUAUGUCGUUCGACCACAACAGAUUGUUUGACUCUGAUGUUAUUAUACGGAGACUGGUGUGACAUAUCUCGACGCGAUUGGACGGACCCAAGUGUAUUGUGUCCACAGAACGGCCCACGCUUGUAUUAUUACGGUUGCUGCAGCUUCUCUAAACCCGCUUGCUCUCUUCAGUGCUUGUAUCUGUCUGCUUAAUAAGCAGAUCUGCAGUGUACACCAUGUUAUCUCGCUAUUCUCCUCCUGGUUAUAUUGGGCGUGGUAGGGAAUGUAUUGUAGACGGGGCAUGAGUGAAUUGUCCAACGUUAUUGAGUGCAUAUGCCCUACGAUAAAAAGAUCGCCAGACU